UGCGUAGGCAGCCAGACUGCGGCCAGUUUAAGGCCAGGUGAACGCGGAAGUACGGUACGUGAGGGUUUUCCAGCUGUUCUGACUGCGGCCGGGUGACGGGUGCGAGAUGCAGGCGGGCGCGGCGCCUGAAGAUGGUCGAGACGGUCCCCGGGAGCGGCUAGCCUUGGGUGAAGCUGGGAGGCAGCAGCAGAAUCAUGAAGUGCGGUCUCAAUCGAGGGCAGAACGGUUUCCAAAACAUUCCUACUGGUUGGAUCUCUGGCUCUUCAUCCUCUUUGACCUGGUGUUAUUUAUCUUCGUGUAUCUUUUACCCUGAAUGGUUUGCCUAUGUCUAGAUUAAGAAGUUGGUUCCUGGAGUGAAUUCUGAAAAUGACUACAAACCUCUUGGAGAAGAAAGGAUUGUGCAACAGAACUUCAAACUCUAAGCGACUUUUCUUUCAUUUUACAUACUCUUCAUUUUGGGGACUACAUAAAAUGGGUGAUGAUCUCACCCAUUCAUAUAGCUAAGUUCUUAAACUAGACUCUGAUUGAUGUUUAAAAACUUUUUAAACAUCUGAUGGCUUUACAGGGGCUGAAUAUUGAA